AUGAAUGCCGAGCUGGUAUCCACCAUGGAGAAGGCAGCCAUGCUUGAAGAGCAGGUAAUUCUGCUGAAGACAGAGAAGCUGAUGUUGGAAGAGCAGAUAGCAACUCUGAAGUCAGAUCUCUCUGCUAGCCAGUCUCAGCUGGAGUCCAACACUGAGAAAGUAGCCAGUCUUCAGAACCUGGUGACCAUCUUGACAGAAGAAAAGGUGCAGCUACAAGAGCAGAUAACUGCUUUGAAAACGGAUCUCACACUUAGUCAGUCCGAACUGGAGGCCUCAAAUAUGCAGCUUGAGGCCUUAAAAGAUGAGCUGGGUGGAGAAAUUGACAAGUUACGGGCUAAGAAUCAGAUGCUUGUUGAUGACUUGUCCGAAAAGGCUGCAUCUUUAGAAAAAGUUACCAGUGAGUUGAAAACUGUCAAGGGGGAGAGUUUAGUUCUGCAGACAUCUUUAGUGGAAAGCAAAACUUGUUCUCAAGAGCUUGAGCUUCAGGUAAAGCAGCUGAUGAGAGAGAUUGACAUGACCAAAGAGGGACAGAAUGAGCAAGGGAAAGAAUACUCUGACAAACUACAGACAUUACUUACUCAGCUCACAGAACUGGAAAAUGAGCUCAGUGCUCAGCAGAAACAUUCCUUUGAACAGCAAGAACACAUUUCAGAACUGUCUGCUAAUUUACAACGCAAAGAGAACGAGUUUAAGUCUGUUUGUGAAAGUUUAGAAGUCUUGAAACAAACUCUUGGAGCAGUACAGUUAGAACUUGGUGAAAAGGAUGGUGAGUUGAAGGCAGCAUUGGACAGUUUAGAGUUAGAAAAGACAGCUAGACUUAAGCUUGAAGAUCAAAUGGCAGAUAUUUCCAGUGAGUUUACUAAUGUGAAAGAAACUCUUUCUGCAAGAGAGGCAAGUAUAAAGUCUUUAGAGGAAGAUAAAAAUAGUUCUCUAGAAUUAUUGAACUUGGCCUUAGCUUCUGUGAAAGCUGAACUUGAAAGUGUGCUUCAGGAGAACAGUGAGCAGAGGUCAGUGUUAGAAAAUAAAGAUUCUGAAUUGUUGAUGUUAAGGCAGAGUUGUGAUCAGCUGCAGCAGCAGGUUUCUACAUUAUCUUCUGAACUUGAUGCUUCCAGUGCUUCAGUAGCAGAACUUCAAGCUUCUAAUGAAAAUCUCCAAACACAGGUGACCGGCUACCAGGAACAAUUUGCUAUGACAGCACAGUCGUUUGAUGAAGAUUUGAAACAUGCCAAGCAUCUCAUCGAAAGUCUUCAGAAGGAAAAAGAAUCUUCGAAACACCUAAUUGCAUCCUUAGAGCAACAGUUGACAAGUUUGAAGAUUGAGUUAGAAGAGACACUUAGCGCCAGUGCCGAGAGGGAUACUCAGAUUUCAGUGCUGAAUAUGGCCUUGUCAGACCAGGAGCAGCACCGGGACAGCCUGCAGGCCGCCCAUCUGAAGCUCCAGGCAGAAAAAGAGCAGCUGAACCAGCAGGUGAGGACUGUAUGUGAAAGUAAUCAGCUAGCUUUACAGAAUGUUUCUCAUCUGCAGUCAUUGCUUGACUCUUUACAGUCUGACAAGCAUGCACUUCAGUCCUCCAUAGACUCACUAACUGCAUCACUAGAAGAGAAGACUUUGCUUUUAGAGUCCCUUUCUGAUAAAUGCAACACCUUGGAGCAGUCUGUGUCACAGAAAGAGCAUGAAUUCUCAGAAUUGUUUCCUAAAUUGUCCAGCUUACAAUCCUCUUUAGAUGAGAAGCAUGCUGAUUGGCUGUCCAAAUGUGAGUCUUUUGACAGUUUGCAAGUUGUCUAUAACCAAGAGCAUGAGAAGUUAGUGUUAUGCUCUCAGUUGUUAGAAAAGCUAGAGUAUGAGCACCAGCAUGCACAAGAGUACAUUAACACUUUGCUGACAGAUGUUGAUACCGAGCAUAGUCAUUUUGUUGUUGUCUCAGAGAAGUGUAAGUCCCUUGAGGAUAGCUUGGCUUGGAAUACAGAUGAGGUUUUGAGAUUAACUGAGUCACUGAAAGCCAUGGAGGAUCAGUUUCAUAAUUUGGAAACAGAUUCUGAUAGCAAGUGUAGGUUACUCAAUGAGAAGAUUCUUGCCUUGACCUUUGAGGUUGAACAUGAAAAAAUGAAGAGCUCUGAUUUAGUUCUGCAGCUUGAAGAUUCAAAAGUGGAAGUGGCAAAUUUAGAAAAGAAAUUAAGAGUUCAGCUUGAGGAAAAGAUCAAUGAGAUUGAUUCAUUACAAAGUCUGCUUGCAUACAAGGAAUCACAAAACCAACAAAUGUUAACAGAACUUCAGGAUAAAGAUGUUUCAUUAAGUGACUUAUCUGCUGAGUUACAGCAACACAUUUCAACCAUUGAAGAUUUAAACCACAAGUUGGAGUCAUCUUCAGCAGAAGUAACAACACUUAGGUCUGUCUUAGAAGAAAAGACAGCACAAGUGACAGAAUUACUUUCACAGACAGACAUACUCACUGCUGAUAAAUUCUUGCUGAUCGCACAGCUGGAUAUAAAUAGUAAAAGAUUAGCUGAGGCCAAUUCCCAUAUGGAGGAAAAGACUUUGAGAUUGGACACAUUAAAUUCCCAGGUAAAGGAGCUACAGAUGCAACUUCUGGAUCAUUCUCAGCAGUUACAGGACAAAGACCUGCAGCUUGAGGAAGUCAGGGGGCAUUUAGCAACAACAUCUUCGCAGCUUGACGAGGCAAAUACUCAACUUAGUAGUUCUGCAGCUGAUGUAACAGAGUUGAGGACCCUCUUGCAGAAUCAGAGUGAGCAGGUAAAGUCAGCAGAAAAUGACUUCAGUAAUCUGAUCAGCCAGAAGGAGGCCUUAGAAAGGGAAUUCUCAGAUUUAGUUGUCAAAUAUGAGGUUGUUCAAAAGGAAAAUGAAGUUCUUCGGAAGAAUCUUGAUGAGGAAAAGUCUGACAAAGCCAGCGUAGAUGAGAAACUGAAACUAACAUCUGAGGAGCUUUUGAAACUUACACACCAGUUAGAAAGAAUCACUACUGAAUGCCAAAACCUUAAUGAUCAGCUUGUCUGUAAACAUCUUGAACUUGCCACGUGGACUGAGAAACAUGCAAAUGUAUGUGAAGAUUUCAAGAAUCUGUCAGAUCGUUUUGAAAAUCUGCUCCAAGAUAACCAGCAUGCACUGAGAACAGUUAAGGAGCUUGAACAACAGGUAGGAUCACUAUCAGCUGAAAAAAGUGCCUUAUUACAAGACUGUGAAGCAAGUCAACUGCUUCUUACCUCGUGUAGAUCUGAUUUUGAGACUCAGCUUCAGGAAAUGAAUGCUGUUAUUUCUAGUGCUGUUUUAAAUUUGCAAGAUCUGUGUUCAUCCAUUCCAUACUCUUCCAGUGAAAAUGUUCCGGACUCUCUUGAAAGUAUUAUUUUGUUUGCUAAGCAGAACAUUUGCUUGUUAAAUGAGAGACUAGCGGCAAAUGAAGCAGACAUUGAAAGGCAGCUCUUGGAGGUGAAAGACCUGAAGGAAGUACUCAAUGACAGAGACCUGGAGGUUAGUAUGUUAAAGGAGCAAGUGAAAGUUUCUGAGGCUGCACUCGAAGAAGAAAGGAGUGGUUUUCAGUAUAAGCUGGACAAAAUGCAGUCAGUAUUUGGAAAACAGGAAGAAGAAAUAAAAUACUUGAAAGAGUCUCUUGCACUCAGUUCUUCAUCCAGUGAUGAGCAGAUCACAAGCUUAAGAAAUCUUUGUGAGAGUCAACAAAAACAGAUUGUUGAGCUUACUGAGAAUGUUUUACAGCUGAGUUCUUUUAAAGUCACUUUAGAAGAGAAACUUGAAGGUGAAACUUUAUUAAAGGAGAUAAGCCAAACAAGUUUGGAUGAACUGAAAAGGUCCCAUCAGGAAAUAAUAACUGUCCUUAACCAGACUCUGGAAGAGAAAGAGAAACUUAAGAAAGAACUACAGAUUGUUUUAGAGAAAACAAAGUUUAUAGAAGAUAAACACAGGAUUACUGAAGACAAAUUUCAAGCUGAAGUAGGGUUUCAGAAAAGUGAGAAUGAACGAUUACAUAAAGAUCUGGAGGCAUCUUCUAGUGCCCUCAGUGCCCUCAGGAGUGAAAUAGAGAGCAUGCAUCAGUUGGUGGAUCAACUCAGAAGCAGUCUGACAACAGCUAAUGCAGAAAGUGCUGGAUUUGAAGAGGCUCUUGAAGCAGCCAACAAAAAUAUUUAUACUCUGGAGGCUGAAAAUACACACUUGCAGAAAUCUCUGGACCAUCUGCAGAACAUGCUGGAUACUCUUCAGCUUCAGAUGACAGAAACUGUGGAGUCACUAAAGGUUUUGGUAGAAGAUAAAACAAGAAGGAUAUCAGAGCUGGAAAUGGAGAUUGAGCAGAGGAACCAGAUGAUAACCAACUUAGAAGAGAGCAGUAAUAACCAGAAUGAUGUAAUAAUACAGCUUCAGAGACAAAUUGAGGUCAGUGUGUCAGCUCUGCAACGUGCUGAGGAAGGCAAGGAACUACUUGACCUGAAGGUUCAGACUUUGCUAAACUCUUUACAGGAAGCUGCAGAAGAAAAAGAAAGCAUUCAGAAAGAUUAUGAGCAACAGCAGAAGGUUUUAAACAUUCAGCUUUCAGCAUUUAGUUUUUCACAGCAGAGGGUUAUGGAACUUGAAGAGGAGCUCGGAGCAUCAGUCCAGCAAUGCAAAAAUGCUCAAGAAGAUCUCAGUUUGGUACAGAACAAGUUGGCUUCCCUGGAGGAGUCACUUAGUAUUGUCACUGCAGCGAAGGAAGAGCUUCAGAAGGAAAUUAAGAAACAGAGCUUGACAGUCCAAGAAAGAGAUGAGCAAUUUGAACAGUCCCAGAAAAGAUUAACAGAAGUGGAACAUGAACUUUGUGGAAAAUUGGAAGAACUAAAACAAGCAGAGCAACGUUUGGAGGACAUUUCAGCAGAGUUGUCACAAAAAUCAGAGGACUACAACAGAGUCAAAGAGGCUUUGGAGGCAAGUGAUAACCUCAGCAGUUUGCUGCAGCAACAGCUUGAGGACCUAACGGUGAAGUUGGAUAGUACGGCUGAAGUUUUGAAAACAAAGCAGGAGACUGUUGACCUGCUGCAACAUGAACUGGCUGAAGUCACUGAGAAACUGCACACUGUGGAAGCAGAACUUGAAGUAACAAAAGUAGCUUGUGAAAGUGAAAGGCAGACAACAAGCACUGUAAUGGCGGACUUUAAACAUUUUAAAAAUGAUUUGGAUUUGAAGCAGGAAGCUUUGGUGAAAGUAGAACAGUUGUUGUCUGAAGCUAAUCGAGAAUUAGAAAGAAAAUGUGCAGAAAACAGUGAGAAGCAGUUAGAGCUGGAGAAAGAAAAAAUUAAUUGUAAAGAACUGUUGGAUUCUCUACAAAGAAAGACAGAAAUGUAUGAGCAAUUGUCUGCUGAACUGUUAAAAACACGGAGAGCUUUGGAAACAGAUUUGCAUGAUGUGACAACAGAGCUAGAAAAAAAGACAACAGAACUGGAUAAUCACAUUGCGGAAUGUAAUACUGCUAGAAAAAACAGUGAGACUUUGCUGGAAGAGCUUAAUGAAAGACAUAAAAAUGAUAUAGUAACAAUAGAAGAGUUGAACAACAAAAUUAAUGCAUUAGAAGAGGAUAUGCAGAUAGGAACAGAGAAGCUUCUAUUAGCACUGACAGACACAGAAGCUAAAUAUAAAGAACUGCAAGAAAGAUAUAAGGCUUUAUGCCAUGAUCAGGAUCAGAAGGCCAGUCUUGUCCCAGAGCUCAAUCAGCGUUUGUUAGUUGUGCUAGAGAACCUGAAAGAGAAAGAAUCUGAUAUGAUCAAUUUGGCCGAAGAAAAAUCUCAUCUGGAGAAAAGCUGUGCACAAGCACAGAAACAAAUAGCUGAUUUAGAAGAAACAAAAGUGAAUAUCAGUAAUUGUGUAGAAGAACUGAGGAACACCAUAGAAAGUUUAACUUCGGAAACAGAACAGUUGAAAGAUCAACUGAUAGAGAAGCACAAUUAUUCAAAUGAGUUGUCAAAAACGCUGUCAACUCUCCAGAGUGAAUAUGAUGAAUACAAACUCGCGUCGACAGUAGGGCAAUCUAACAUACAAGAUAAAUUGGAAGAAGAGGCUAGAAAGCUUGAACAGGCUAAAACAGAAACAGAACACUACAAAAUGAUUGCAGAGGAGCACCAAAGAAGUUCAACAGACAAAGAUCUUCAGAUUGAAAUAUUGCAGGAGCAUACUUCUUCUAUUUCUCUGUCUUAUUUUUCGGAACACUCAUGUGUGUCCAGGCUUGUUAAGGAAAGACAAACACUCAAUGGCCAGCUAAGAAAGUUAGAGGAAGCCAAAAGACACUUGGAGGUCGAAAUGGACAGUAGAAAUGAAGCACUGUUUGACAUUAAAGCAAAGUUGAAUGAAGCUCUGAACAGCUUGCAGGAAUGGAAGGAAAAGAGAGAAGCACUGAAUGCAGAGAAUGAGGCUCUGAAGAUACAGCUUGAUAAGGAGAAGGAAGAGGUACGUAAACAUUUGGAUGCAAUUGACUUGCUGAAAAGAUCAUUAUUAGCUGAACAAGAAACAGUCCGAGAGCUUCGUAAACAGAAAAGUGAAGUUGAAAAUGAAUUAACAGAGAAGCAAGUAGAUUUGAAUGAUCUAGAAAUCCUUGUCAAGGAUAUAAGAAACAAGCUUCAAGAUAAAAGCGGUACCUUGGAAACAGUUUUGAAACUCAAGCAGGAAGUCUCUGAGCAAGCAGAUAAUUACAUACAUGAGUUGGAAGAAACUAAGAACCAAGUACUAAGUUUACAGAACCAGUUGUCCAAAGCGCAGACUGUAAAUAAAGAGUUGGCAGCUGCCAAUAGUAAUUUACAGUCAGUUGUUGACAAACUGCAAGAAGAAAAGGAUACCUUGAAGUCAGUACACGGAGAACAAAUAACUGAGCUGCUUUUGAAGGUAGAUGAACAUUCUGCACAUAAAACAAUUCUGGAAAAACAGAAAAGAGAAAUGGAAGAAAGGAAUACCGAAUUAAUUCAACAAGUGAGUUCACUUCAGCAGUCUGUUAAGUCAUUAGCAGUAGAGAAAGAGGUGUUGUGUGCUAACAGUGAAGAGAGAAGGGAACAUUUGAAGAGCAUUGAGGGAGAUUUGCAAGAAAAUGUGCAGCGUGUUGCUGAGUUAGAGCAGCUUUGUUUGGCUAAAGAUAGUAUUGUUGUUACUCUACAGAACACGGUGGCAGACCUGCAGUCACAAACAGAAGCACUUAAUAAAGACAAGGAUCAUAUUGUGGAAGAGAAGGAUGCGAGAAUUUCCUCACUGCAGUCAGAGUUUGAUUCCCUUGCUGCUGAGCAUGCACAGUUUAAGGAAGAAAUGGAAGCCAGGUUCGAAGACCUGCAAAAGACAGCUAACUUCCUGAGUUCUCAACUUGACCUCAAAGAUCAAGAGUUGCAGCAUACACUGAAUGACAGAAAUGAAAUGGAAGCAACUCUGAUCUCUUCUGUCACUUCUUUGCAAUCUCAGCUAAGAACUGUUACUCAAGAAAAGUUGCAGUCUGACGAGGAUAAUAAAGUUAUAACAUCAUCUUUACAGAGUGCAGCUGAUGUAUUGAGAUACGAGCUGGAGAAACUGACAGAGAAACAGGAAGAGCUACAGCAAACAAAAUCAUGUGAGGUGCAGAAUCUGCAAAACCAAAUUUCUUCUUUACAAGAACAGGUGACUGCUUUGAUUACAGAAAUUACCAAGGAAAGGGAAGACAGUUCACAGUUGCUGGCGAAGAAUCAAGAAUUAAUUAACAGUAUUAAGGAAUUUCAGAACCACAAACUUCAGCUUGAAGAUGCAAAAGCAGCAUUAUCUCAGGAACUGGCUACUGCUGAAGGAAAAAUAAACCAGCUGGAAGAAAAGAAUGAGGAGUUAUCUGACAACUUGACAGUGUCUUCAGACAAGUUGAAAGAUGUGUCAGUGCACUUGCAUGACACAAUUGAGCAUAUGCAGUCUUUCAUAACAGAACAGAAUACAAUUAUAGCAAUGCUUCAGGAAGAUUCAUUGAAGCAGCAAGAUAAUGAACACACUCUACUGGCCAUCACUGCAUCCUCUCAAAGGUUGAUUGCUGAUGGCAAGAAGAAGAUUAGGGACUUACGCGAACAGCUGGACCGUGUUGUGAAAGAAAAUGCCGACUUGUUACGGCAGAAAGAAGCCAUUCUGAGGCAGUUAGAUGAGGCUACAGAAAUGUUUCAUGAAAUGUCCCAAGAGAAAUUGAAGGUUGAACAUUCGCUGAGUGAUUCUUUACAGGCAACAGUGGACAGGGCAUCAAGAGAACUGGCAGAGAAGGAGGAAGCCAAUGCCAAGUUGCAGAAGGAAUUGGAUUCACUAAAGAGUCAGACAGAUGAAAAUCAGAACCAGGUGUUUUCCUUAAGUGAACAGCUCAGAAGUGCUAAUGAAGAGCUUGAAAAGUUGGUACAUAUUCACAACCAAGAGUUAGAGGAAGAAAAAGAGAAAUGUUUAAUGACAGCAAAUGAACUCCUUAAACUCAAACAAGAGAACAUAGAACUGGAAACAAACCUGAAAAGUAAAGAGGAGGAAUAUCAAUUGAAACAGACUAAAUAUGAGAACACGAUCCUAGACCUGCAGGCUCAGAUUUCACAUUGCAACCUUGAUCUGCAAGAAGCCAAUGAGAGCCUAAGUAAAACGGAGAAUGAGAAAACAGUUCUUGAAACAGAUAUAGCACAGCUUCAGACACAAUUGGAAGAGAAAACACAGCAGAUCUUCAAGCUCCAGACUGAUAUCAUCAACCUACAACAAGACUUGCAAGAGAAGGUAGAGUCUGUUGCAGCUCUGCAAGAAGAAAGUGUCAGAUCACAGAGUGAGUUAGAAAAUUUGCAGAUGAUGUUGGAGUCAGAAAGCUUUAAAGCCGAAGGAUCCAUGAGAAGUAAUUUGGCAGAAAUUAGCAGUUUGAAGAACGCUUUAGCUGAACAAGCUGAGGAAAUUUUACAAGCAGAUUUAAAAUAUGCUAUGUUAACCUCUCUUCUGGAGGAACAAUGUGAGAAACUUGUCUCUUUAGAAACCCAGUUCCUUAUUGAGAGACAAAUCUUGGCAAACACAAAAGCUUCUAACAAGGAUCAAAUUGCAAAAUUUGAAACACAAUUAAAACUAUCUGAAGAGGAAAAGACGAGGUUGUUAGAGCUGUCUUCUGAAAUAGAGAUGGAGUCCAGCAGACUUAGGCAACAAAUUAUGGAAUUAGAAUGUCAGUUAGAAGGGAAAGAUGUAGAGUUAAGCAAUCUUAAAUUUCAGUACAAUUCUGUCAAUGAUUCCUACUGUGAACUGACCACCGAGCUGAAAGAUCUGAAAACUAUUCUUCAAGAGCACAAGAAGUCUUAUCUUGAUUCAGAGAAGGCUAUUGCUGCCCUGGAGAACCUGCACCAGGAGAAGGAGGCUAGAGUUCGAGAAUUGAGUACACAGCUGGAGUCAUCUCAUCAGCAUGUCGAGGCAGUACAGAGUGAGCUGGGAGAAUCCAUUUCUGAAAUUACACGCAGAGGGGCCGCAAUAGGAGAUCUGGAGUCGGAGAUACACAAUUUACUCAGAGCUAAAGGCAUGGCCGAAGCAGAGAUCAAGAAAAUGAAAGAAUCAUGCAGAGAACUCCAGAUGAUGGUAGAAAUACUCAGAGAAGAAAAGCAAAACAACGAUCACACCCUGAGCCGUAAUCUUGAGAAAGUUAACACCGCUCUGUUUGAAGAGAGAACAAAGAGUGGGAAAAUGCAGAAAGGUCUCAGAGAGUUAAAAAACAGUAUGCAGAAAAUGGUUAAAGAACGGCAGCAGCUAGAAGAAACUUUGUCUAAAAAAGUUGAGAACAUUCAAACAGCUUUGUCAAACCGGAAAUGCGAAAAUGAAAAUCUGAAUGCAAGCAUUGUCCAGUGCAAGGCAGUACAUGAAAAUUUGAUAGCAAGUUUGGGAACACAACACACAGAGACUGUUGGUAUAAGAGCACAGAUACAGGACAUACAUACAUCAGUAGAUGAGAAAUUUGGUGUUCACUGUGAAUUAAGUACUGACAUAUCUAAACUUACUGAAGUGACACAUUCCUAUAAACAAAGUUUAAAUGCUGUUCAUGAAGAUUACAGCCAGAUUCAGAAAUCCUCAGAGCUUUGCCAGGAGAUGUUAGUUGAUCUUCAGAACAAAAUCAAGAGUCAAGUUGAAGAGAAGGAAGGAUUUCAGAAAGACUUUGAUGAGCUUAAUGUAUUAAUUAACUCAUUGAGAGCUCUCUUGGAUUCAUCUAAAGAAGAUCUGAAGAAUGAGGUUAAAAACCAUACAGAUUUGACCAGGGAGCUGGCAGAUAGUUGUGAGAUGCAGAAACGACUUCAAGAUGAUGUAUUGCAUGUUAAACAUGAACUGAGAGACAUGCUGCAGAUUGUAAGUAAAGCUGAAGACAGGCUUCAAAAACAUAUUUCUCUCAGUGAACAGCUGAGUAGGGAUAUCGAGACUCUGAGCUCACAACAAGAAUUGGAACAGGCCAAAUUUGAACAAGAGAAGGAUGAACUUACUAUUGCUUACUCCAAGCUCGAAGUGCAGCACAGUAAGGAGAAAGAAUUAAAUGUCAGGAUAAAGGAACAACUGUGCAGCGUAACAGAAGAAUAUGGACAGCUAAAGGAGAGUUUUGAAGCAGCGUCUAGAGAACUGCAAGAACUCAAGAUGUCUUCUACUGAAGAGAAGGUGGUUUUAGAUGAGACAAGGACCAAAUUGCAUGAAGCCACACAGGCUUACCAGGCCCUUGAAACAGAGAUGUGUGUGGUGAAGGAAACAAUGUCACAGAGUGUGCAGGAAACAGCCAUGCAGGUGACAGAGAAAGCAGCAGAAAUAGCAGAUUUACAAGCUUUGAUUAAACUCAGAGAAGAUGAAAUUUCACAACUUAAAUUGGAUCAGUCUAAGAUAGUACAGGAGAGGGAUGAGCUGGCCAUUGGAUACACCAAGCUUCAAGAGGAGCAGAGUAAGGAGAAAGAUUUGAAUGUCAGGAUGAGUGAGGAACUGUGCAAGGUAACAGAAGAAUAUGGGCGGCUGAAAGAGAGUUUUGAGGCAGCUUCUAGAGAACUGCAAGAACUGAGGAUAUCUUCUGCAGAAGAAAGUGCAGUUUUAGAGGAGACACGGGCCAAAUUGCAUGAAGCCACACAGGCUUACCUCGCCCUUAAAACAGAGAUGUGUGUGGUGAAGGAAACAAUGUCCCAGAGUGUGCAGGAAACAGCAAUGCAGGUGACGGAGAAAGCAGCAGAAAUAGCAGAUUUACAAGCUUUGGUUAAACAUAAGGAAGAGGAAAUUUCAAAACUGAAGGUGCUUCUUGAAGAAGCCCAAGAGAGUUUGCAGGAAACAACCACACAUGUGAAAGAGAAAACAGCAGAAAUAUCAGAUUUACAAGCAUUAAUUAAACUCAAAGAAGAGAAAAUUUCACAGCAAGAAUUGGAUCAGUCCAAGAUAAUACAAGAGAAGGGCGAGCUAGCCAUUAGAUACUCCAAGCUUCAAGAAGAGCACAGUAAGGAGAAAGAAUUAAAUGACAGGAUGAAUGAAGAACUAUGCAAGGUAACAGAAGAAUUUGGGCGACUGAAAGAGAGUUUUGAGGCAGCUUCUAGAGAACUGCAAGAACUGAGGAUAUCUUCUUCAGAAGAUAAGACAGUUUUAGAGGAGACGAGUGCCAAAUUGUAUGAAACCACACAUGCUUACCAGGCACUUAAAACAGAGAUGGACACAGUGUCUCAAAGUCUGCAGGAAACAACAACACAGGUGACAGAGAAAACAUCAGAAAUAUCAGAUUUACAAACUUUAAUUAGACAUAAAGAAGAGGAAAUGUCACAACUGAAGGUGCUUCUUGAAGAAGUCCAAGAGAGUUUGCAGGAAACAGCCAUUCGGGUGACAAAGAAAACAUCUGAAAUAACUGAGUUACAAGCUUUAAUUAAACUCAGAGAAAAGGACAUUUCACAACAAGAAUUGGAUCAGUCCAAGAUAAUACAAGAGAAGGAUCAGCUUAACACUGCUUACUGCAAGCUUCAAGAAGAGCAGAGUAAAGAGAAAGAAUUAAAUGUCAGGAUAAAUGAGGAACUGUGUAAGGUAACAGAAGAAUAUGAGCACUUGAAGGAGAAUUUUGAGGCAGCUUCUAGAGAACUGCAAGAACUGAAGAUAUCUACUGCAGAAGAAAGUACAGUUUUAGAUGAGACAAGGACCAAAUUGCAUGAAGCCACUUAUGCUUACCAGGCCCUUAAAACAGAGAUGUGUGCUGUGAAGGAAACAAUGUCCCAGAGUGUGCAGGAAACAGCCAUGCAGGUGACAGAGAAAGCAGCAGAAAUAGCAGAUUUACAAGCUUUGGUAAAACAUAAAGAAGAGGAAAUUUCACAAUUGAAGAUGCUUCUUGAAGAAGUCCAAGAGAGAUUGCAGGAAACAACCACACAUGUGACAGAGAAAGCAGCAGAAAUAGCAGAUUUACAAGCUUUGGUUAAUCAUAAAAAAGAGGAAAUUUCACAACUGAAGAUGCUUCUUGAAGAAGUCCAAGAGAGAUUACAGGAAACAACCACACAUGUGACAGAGAAAACAGCAGAAAUAUCGGAUUUACAGGCUUUAAUUAAACUCAGAGAAGGUGAAACAUUGCAUCUGAAAGUUCUUCAUGAAAAAGUCCAAGAGAGUUUGAUUGACCAGGAAUGUCAGUUUGAAGCUGUUAUUUGUAAGUGUGCUGAUGCAGAGGAAAAGGCAGUGGCACUGGAUGCUUCUUUUUCGUCACUGCUGAAGGAAAAAUGUCAUCUUUCAUCUGAACUUGCUGUAUUGCAGAAUAAGUUAGAGGAUUUUACCAAAGAAAAUGUGGAAUUAAAGAUGAAAGCAUCAGAACUUAGCUUGGACUUGAAGGGUAAAACAGAAGAAUUUGAAAGAAAAUUAUCAGAUCAGAUAUCACUUCACUCUACGUUGGCAGAAGAAAAGAAUAUCUUACACGUGUCCUUUGAUAAUUUGUCAGAGAAACUUCAGAAUGAAAAAUCUCAAACAUAUAAUCUAACUCUUGAGAAGGAGGCUUUGCUUUCAUUGAAAGCUGGCCUAGAGAUUACAGUUCAGGAUCUGACUAACACAAAUUCAGAUCUGAGAAGACAGAUAGAAGAUCUCCAGCACAGUGUAGACAUGUAUCUCGGAGAGAAAGAUAGUUUACAACAGAGAUAUAAUGAUACUGUGGAGGAAGUUCGUAAAGUCACUUCACUGCUAGAAGUUGAACUUUUGAGAUCAGAGAAUUUGAAUUUGAAAGUUCAAGAGGUAGAGCAAGAGCUUAAAAACCUGCUGGCUGACAAAGAGAGAGAUGAGGAGACUACGAAGACUCUGGAGCUUCAGUUAGCAGUGGAGCAGGCUGAGAGAAAGACAUUAGCUGAGCAGCUUCAAAUUGUUUCAGCUGAAAAAGCUGGUUAUCUAGAACUUCAAGAAGCCAAAAGACAAUCAGAGUUUGAAGAAAUGACUGAAAGAUAUGCAAGAAUUGUAGAAGAAGUUGACAUCAGCAAGUCAGCCAUUUCAGAAUUGAAGCAGGUAAACAUUGCCUUGGAGCAGGUUGUGCAGGAUCUUCAGGAGAAGUUGGCAAAGGCUGAGAAUGAGGUCCUUAUCUACAAAGAUGAUGUUUUGAAACAUAAGGACACAGAGAUUGAUUUACUGAUAGGUGAAAUAUCAGCUCUGAGAAAUGACAAUGAAGCAGUGCUGACUGCAUACAGAAAGAGCAUGGGUGAAAAUAAUAGGAUUGAAACAAAGCUUCACACCAUGUCAAAAUCUGCUACAGAUGCACAAGACAAAUUACAAGACAUGUUGCAGACAAUGGAAGAGUCACUGGAAGUGUUAGAGUCAUGUCUGAGUGCAGCUGGUAGUGAUUCCCCACUGAAACAAGAGAUUGAAGUCAAGGACAUGGAAUAUUCUAUGAAAGAAGGUUUAUCAGACAUCCAGGAUGGACAUAGGCAUGUGGUGGAAAAUGGUGAUGGAAUUGUCACAUCAACUUCACUCUCUCAGCAUAAAGCAAAGUUAACCCAUGAGAUGCCAAAUGAACACAACUGUGGUGGUGGGUAUGACAGCUCAAACACAUCCGUUAGGAUUAUCACCGAGUCAUUUAAAACAAAACUGAAUCAAGUCAGGAAAAGUUUCAGUUGUUUACUGAGUGACAAGGCAGCUCUGGAGAGUGAACAGAAACAUUUGGUGUCACUCCUGGAGGAAACCGUUGUUGAACAUGAGAGUGCAGAGUCUGUCCUCCAAGAAACCAGUAGUGCAUGUCAAGCUCUUCAAGAGGAGGUUGCAGGCAUGACCAGCCAACUCCAUAAUUUGCAUACGGUUGUGGAAAAGAAAGAAGAAGCCAGCACUGAUUUGAUUAGUGAAGUUCAACUCACUUUUGAGAGAAACAUGCAGGAGUUGAAAAUAUCUAUGCAGGAGCUGUCGCAUGAAAAAGAAAUAGAAAGACAAGAAAAGGUGUUUAUUCUGGACAUGCUUUCAGAAGCUGAAGAAAGGUACCAGAGUUUGGAUGCUGAGUUCAGUAACUGGAAAAUUGUCAGUGGAAAAGAAUAUUUAGCACUGAAAGAAGCAUUGCAGAUAUCUGAAAAGCUGUGCAAUGAACAAAAAGAUGAGCUCGGUGCAAUGAGAGAGCAGCUUCAGAGUGAGGUUCAGGAAGCUGAAAGGAAGUGUGAAGAAGAGCUUUGCAUGGCAAAAGAGACUUUUGAUGACACUACAAGCACACUGAAAUCAACCUUGGAAGAGAUACAAAUCUCAAAGGAACAGUUGGACAGGCACAUACAAGAGCUGGAAACAAAUAAUAAAGUGCUUGAGAUGGAGAUAGAAUCUGUGAGGAAACAAAGAGAUAAGGAUGUUAUAGAAAUUCAUCAGCUGUUAGAACAGUCAGAACUUGAAUACCAGACAUUAGAAAAAGAAGUCUGUAUUUUGAAGUCUGAGAAGUCAGUGAUUGAAUCCGAAAGGCUGAAGCUUUCUCAGCAGCUUGAGAAUUUAAUGGAGAAUUCUAAAUCUGAAACGGACAACUUGGCUCACAGCCAGACAUUGCUUGAAAAUCAGGCCCAUACAUUAAUGGUGGACCUGACCACAGCCAAUGAGGCAAAUCUAGUUAUUCAGAACACUCUCAGACAAACCGAGCAAGAACUGUCAGAGGUCAGGCAAGAACUUCUUGACAGUAAAUCACAAAUUGCAGUUAGUGAAAUGCAAAUUAAUGACCUGAAAACACUAAUAGAUAACCUGAAAGAAACUUUAGCCUUUAAAGAGAAAGAAGUAGAAAGUCAGAAGUUUAGAAUACAAGACCUUGAAGUGGCUCAGUUAAAUCAACAAGCCUCUCUGGACAGUUUGACAACCCAGGUAGCCGAAUUAAAAGUUUCUCUCCCUGUAGUAGAUUCAUCACUUCCUUCUCAGUUUAUUUCUCCUUCCUCGUCACAAGAUUCCUUGUCAUCCCCAUUUUCAUUUUCUACUGUAGAAAAUAAUGUUAUGGUGAGGGCAGAUAUCCAAUCUUUGCAGGCAUCCUUUCCUCAGGUUGCAGACUCGCAUCCUACUGGUGACAGCCCGGUUGUGGUGGCAAGCCUGCAGGAAGAACUGAAGCAUGCUGAAGAAUCACAAACAAACAAGUUAGCAGAAAAGCUUCAACAACUCUCCACAGAAGUUGAGAAUCUCAAAGCUGAGCUUAGUGAUCAAGAAUCAACAAUAUCUAGACUAAAAGCUGACCUUGUUAAUGAACAGAACACUAAACUUGAGCUAGAAAAGGCACUGAAGAAAAAAGACAAACUUGUCCAUGGCCUCCAGUUGAAAGCAAAGAAGACAGCAAAGCAGUUUAAACUGCACCAAGACAGUCAGCCAGGCAUAACAGAAUCACAGCCAAAGCAAAAGGAAGAUAGUUUCUAUUCAUUAUCUUGGUCUGAAAGUUCUGUUGACACAUCAGACAUGUCUGAAAGUGAAAGACUGUACAGACAGCUUCUGUCUCAGUACCAGAGUGUGGUUAUUGAGAGGGACACAAUGAAAGAACUAGUUUCUGAGAAAGAUACUGAAAUAAUAAAACUCCAGACCCAGUACUUUGAUGCUGAUCUGCAUUGGAAAGAGAUUACUGGGGAGCUUCAGAAGCAGCUGAGCAUGCUUCAGGAGAAACUUGACAAGGGGGGUGUCUUAGCCAAUGCUCUGCAGAGGAAGGAACAAAUGCUGGAGGAAGAAUUGAAAGUCACAACAUCAGAGUUAAUGUCUACCUCAUAUCUGUUGAAUGAGAGCAUUCAGACUGGUCUCACUGAGGCAGAGAUGGUUGCUCAGCUGCGCCAUAAGUUAAUUGAAGCACUUGAAAUUGGUGCCGAUUUUGAGAACAAGAUAACGGAACUCACUGCUGUGUUGCAAGAGAAAACAGCAUUGAUGGAUGAACUUCAGGAAGAACUAGGAGCUAAAGAUAUAGAAAUUCAGUCAUUGCAGGGGGAGUUGUCAAAAAAGAUGGUGGUCAAAGAUGAUGAAAUAGGCCGACUGCAGUUUCAGGUGAGAAAUUUGGAAUCUCAGACACGAUCUUUAAAAGAAAACAUAAAAAUUCUUGAAAUAGAGCGACAGGGUCGGAGCAGCCAUAUUGAUACGUAUGCAUCAAAAGUACAGGAACUUGAAAUGGCUUUAAAAGAAAUGACAAGUGUAGCAGAUAAUCUGAAAUCUGUACUAGCAGAGAAAGACAACAAGAUAGUUAUUAUGGAAGAUGUCAUGAAAGAAAUGUAUGGAACAGUGGAUACAAACAGCACUGCUAUUGCUUCAUUGACCUUUGAACUUAAAACAGCAAAAUCUGAACUUGAACAGAUGAGAUCAGAAAAAGAAGAAAUGAAGAAAACACUCAAGAAGAAAGAUGCUAAAAUUGUUGCACUUACCAAAAGGAUCGGCUCUUCAACACCAAAAAAGCAGGAACCACUACCAACACUUUCGGAGUCAUUUGUGGCUAAAGAAAGUGACCAAUCAAAUGAAAAAGGGGUCAUUUCUGAAGAUGUAUCGGCCGCUGAUUCAGACAGCUCAUUUUUCGGUUCUGAACUGACUCACCGGCACGAGAUUGCAACUUUAAUGGCAGAAGUAGCAGGCCUGAGAAAAUUAUUGAAGAAGAAAGAUGCAGAGAUUUCAACGGCUAAUAAGAAAUAUAAAGGUUUGCAGAUGUUGCAAGGAAAGAUGUCAUCAGCUGCUAGUACAGAGUCUGUGACAGAAACAUCAGGGAGGUUGUCAGUGAUGUCACAGUUUGACAGCAGGUCUACUACUAUCUCUGAUGAUGUUCAAGAGCUUAAUGACAGACUGCGACAUAGUGAGCUCUGCAGAGAUGCAAUGGAGGUUCAGAUCAGGGAGUUGGAGGUUGAGUUGGAUCACUGCAAAGAAGAGAUGGUGAACAUGCGUCAUGAACUUGAGGACCUUCAGGAGGAGCUGCAUUUAGUGUCACGUGAUAAGCAUGCACUAGAAAACUGCAUAUUUGAUAUCAGAGAUAUGGUGAACCCACAAGCUGUUGAACAGUUUGCAGGUGAUGACACACUGUACUCUACUGCAGAAUCUGUGAGACUUUUAGUUGAAGAAAAGUUCAUGGCAGAAAAACGGGCUGCAGACCUCCAAUCUUGGCUAGAUGAAAUAGAACAAGAUCAUGGAAGAAACAGUAAUUUAAGAGGCACUGUUCAGAGUCUGGAGCUAGAGCUGAAAGAUUUGAAUGGAAAAUACAGUGAUACUUUAAACCAGCUGCAGCAGGUUAUCCAAGAAAAGGGUGUCUUUGAAGAGGAGCUGUACAUAUUGAAAAGGAGUGCUGAACAAAGGGCGGAUGUGGAGCUGGAAACUAAGCUGAGAGAGGCAUCUGUUGUUAUCAAGUGUAUGAAACAAGAAUUGGAGUUGUUAAAAGCUGAGCGGGAUAGCUUAGAGGAGAGAUUAAAUGUUGGGGAGGCAACAUCCAUUCAGCAGACUAGGGAAGUUGUGAAUAGCUUUCAGUAUGAGCUUCAGUUUGUUCCACAGCAGGUUCAGGUGGAAAGUCAAGACAUUCAGAGAUAUCCAGAAGCAUUCUUAGAUUAUACAGACAGUUCUCUGAAGGUUAAAAGUAAUGGAGAGGGACAACAACCUCAUGUGAUGGAUACAAAUGAGUUUAAUUUACACAGACUUGAAGAACUAUCAUCACAGUUGUUAGAGGUUGAACAGGGUAGAACCGAGCUUGAGAAUAAACUGCAGUAUCAGAUGGAGGUAAAUACUGUCUUGCAUUCAGAGAUAGAUGCUUUGCAUCAGGCUGCUGAUACAUUCAAACAGGAGAAAGACCUGCAGAUUGUCUCUUUGUCUUCUGAACUAGCAGAGUCUAAGACCAGGAUCAGCGACUUGAGGACGAUGUUGAAAAACAAAGAAAUAAAGCUGUCUGCAUUAUCUGAUGAGUUUGGUGAUCUUUCACUUCAAUAUGAGAAACUCCAACAUGCAAAACUGAAGGCAGACAGUGAGAACCUGGCUUUGAAGGAAGAGUUUGAGCAACAGAAGAGUACACUGGUACAUCAGACUGAAGAGAUUCAGAACCUGAAGGACAAUGUGUUAUAUUAUGAAGGGAUAAUGCAACAGUUGCAUGAAGAAAACAGAAGUAUUAAAGAGCAACUAGAGCAGAAUGCCACCAGCUGGUCCCAGCAAGAAGACAAGUACAAGAUACUGCAAGAACAGCUAACAUAUCAGCAGUUAAUAAAUCAGCAAAAACAACAGGAACAUAGCCACCUUGCUAGACAAUUUGAAGAACUAGAAGAAGCAUGCGCUUUGCAGAGUGAAAUGAUGAAAAAUUUUGAAGAAGAUAUGAGGACAAAGAACAAGAGAAUUCAGGAAAUUACAGACCAGAAUGAAAAUGUUCAAAAACUACUGCAGGAAAAAGGUGAGAAUGACAAUCUUUCUGCAGAAUACCUGACUUCUAUGUGCAAGUUGUGUGGAACCGAAGACAUUUCAUUUGCCAGUUUGUAUGAGCAUGUACAGAAUCUGGUUGCAAGAGUGGGCACUGUUGAAACAGUUGAAAGUUUUAUAGGAUCCUUGCAGGCAGAGCUCUCAUUGAAAACAGAAACUGUGACAUCAUUAGAACAACAGUUACAGGCUCUAGAGACUUCUUCAGAAGAAAAUGUUCACAAACUUCAGCAAGAGAUAGCAAGUCUGAAGGUUGAACUUAGCAUGCAAGAAGAGACAGCAAGAUCGUCAUCAUCUCUUGAUGAGCAGCUUUUCUAUAUGAACCAAGAACUACAUUCAAAGGAUUCUGCUCUGUAUCAGUUACAACAAGAGCUUAAUGAACUCAGAGGGGAACGAGAUGAGCUGAAGUUGAAUGUUGAUACACAGAUGGAGAGAGUUGUAGGCUUGGAACAUGCGGUAGCAAAGAACAUGCUGAAGAUGGAAGAGUAUGAACAAGAUAUCCUGAAUUACAAAACCACAGUACAGUCCUGUGAAGUACAGAUCAGUGACCUGAAGUCACUGCUGUCACACAACAUGGAAAUCAGUGCCGCGAAUGAAUCUAAAUUGAAUGCAUCUCUUGCAGAUGAGCAAAGAAGAAAUACUGAUCUUCAGUCACUGAUCGAGCAGCUCAACGUGGCCUUGCAUGAGAAAGAUGGUGAGAUUUCCAGAUUAAAUUUAGAGAUUAACAGAUUGAAGCAGGACAUGUCAGUUCUGUCUGAUCAACUUCAGCAGUCAGAAGACAUGGUUUUAGCCUUGACCCAUGAAAAUGGGACAAUACAGCAAUGUUUUGAUGAAGCUCAGUCAAAAGUUGCUAGACUAGAGAACCACAGUAUGGCUUUGCAGCAGAAAAUAGAAGAAUUAAAUAGUGAGAACAUUGCUCUUAGAAAGAGUGCUUCAGGAGAGCAAGAGUGUGUUUUUACUCCAGAAGUUCUAGAAGGCCUUAAGAAUCAAAUAGCAGAAUUAGCAGACCGUUUGCAAAUGUCUGAAAGUACAGUGGUAAAUUUAACACAUGAAAGAGAGACACUCAAACUAACAAAUGAGGAAUAUAUUGCAAAAAUUGCUAAUCUUGAAUCUGAAUAUAUUGUUUCGAUACAAGAAUUGGAGAAAUUGAAAGCUGAGACAGGGGUGUUUGGAAAAGGCUUUGAUUAUAAAGAACCUGAAUAUACUGCAGUGACUUCUGAGCAAGUCAGUCUGCUAGAGCAGAAAAUAUCACAGCUUGAAGAACGGUGCAAAGAUUUGCAGAAAACUAUUAAGAAAAGAGAUGCUAAAAUUGUUUCACUUAAUAAAAAGUUGGAGCAGGCUCAGUUGGAAGUCAAACAACAGAGUCUGUUACAGUCACAGACUACACCUUCAGUAUCACUUGAGAUGUCCACUCAGUCGGAGGACAGUGCGUUUGUUUCUCAGUAUUUUACCAAUGUUGAUGAUUUUACUCAGCCAGACACCUCCUUGUCACAAGAACUGCCAAAGAAUGAACUCCCUCUGCUGCCUCAGAAUGACACUGCUGAUCAGGCUGGACAGUCUUCCAUAUUUUUAUCAACAUCUUCAGAAGAAGGGUCAGCAUCUUUCGCUGAUGCAGACCGAGGAGCUCUGAAAGCGGAAAUAUCCAGGCUCCAGGCUUGGUAUGAGUACCUCCAGCAGCAGGUCCAGCUGGGGGAAGCUGCGCUCCAGCAAGCUCAUUCAGAGAUUGCCUCGCUGAAAAACACAAUAGAGCAGCUGCCACAUCAGAUUAUCAUACAAGACGAAUCUACUACCGUGUCUUCAGCUUCUGUCUCGGACCUGGAAACUAGGAAUAGCUAUCUGCAAGAAGAACUCAGCUCCAGCUCUCAGCAUGUGCUAGACAUGACCCAGAGUCUCCAGCAAGCCCAACUUGAGAGGCAGGCCUAUGCUACAGCUGCCAGUGAAGCUCAGCAACAGCUACAUUCUCAUGAAGAAACACAGAAGGAUUUGGAGGCCAAAGUCUCAGAGCUGACCACUGCUUUGAGCAGUGCUGAAUCCAGGCUUAAAGAGGUAGAAGAGGCAUCAAAGCUUAAUGAGGAGUCUUGGAAAUCAAAUGUCUUGUUGCUGGAAAGCCAGAUUAAACAGAUGGAAGAACAAAUAACAGCAGAGCAACAGUUUAAGAUGUUGAUGGAAAGUCAGCUUAAUCAAGUGCAGUCUGACUUGAAAGCCGAACAGGAAUCAAAAAUCACUUUAGAAAAUUUACUCUCUAAAAGUGAAGAUCACAAGACUGCUGUGGAACAGAAGCUAUUACAGCUAGAAAAUUGUUUGCAAGAAAAUAGGGAACAUGCAGCAAAGGCAGUCGAAGAAUCAGAACAAGUGAUUGCAGAACUCAGGGACAAACUAGCAGUUUCAGACUCUCAGGUGGCUGAGUUCAGGUACAGUUUAGAAAGUGCCAAAGCCCAAAAUGAAGUUUCUAGUAAAAUAUUGGAACAGAUGCAGACCUCUUCCUCGGAGAAGGAACAGAAUACCAUUCAACAACUGAGAGACAAGACAGAAGAGGUGGUGAUUCUACAGCAACAGUUAGAACAGUCCAUCGCUGAAUUAAGUGAUCUGAAAGCUAACAGUGUCAGAACUGAAAGCAGAAUCAAAGAACUUCAGGAAGAGUUACUCUCAAGUAAAUGUGAACAUGAAAGGAUUAUAUCUAUAAGUGAAUCUCUGCAAGAAGAAUUGAAGUCUAAAGACUUAGAAGUAAAACAGCUACAGAAUAGUUUUGAUGAGGAAAGGGUGUCAUACAGUGAAGAAAAAGAAGCUGUACAAAACCAAAUUGUUAGUUAUGAAGUUCAGUGUCAGGAACUUGCAGAACUGAGGCAGAAAUGUUUUGCUGCAGAAGAGGAGAGGCAGUUCUUCAUUGAAAAAAUGGCUGUUCUGCAGACUGAAUUGGACAUGACUGUUGCUUUACAGUCACAGGUUACAGGUUUGAAGUCACAGAAUGAAGAGCUUUUAGGGAACAUUCAGAUCAGCCGUGAGGAACUAACGGCAGUACAGGGAAGAUGUUUAGAUCUUGAAGUAGAAAAGGAAGCACUUUCGUCAAGGGUCAGUGAGCUUACGGAGCUGCAAGAGGCUCAUCAAGCUAGCAUUGAAACUCUUUCACAAGACAAGCAGAUGCUAGAGACAGAGAAGAUGCAUCUUUCAGAAAUACUGUCUUCAUUCAAUGACAACAAUUCAGAUCUUUCUGAUAUUCAGAAAGUUCUUGAAGAAACUAGAGAGCAGCUAAACAUGACACAGGCUGAAUGUCAGAAACUGAGACAGCUGGUGGAGGAGAAGGAUGUUGUAUUAUCUCAGCAAGUUUCAGAUCUGUUGGAGAGAAGUCAGUUAAUUGACACACUAACAGCAGCAAGAGAUCAAUUAAUGGAAGAGAUUCAGAUCAUGUCAAGCACUGUGGCUGAAAAAGACCAGAAGAUCCAGUCUCUCCUAGAGAACCUGCAAGAGAUGGAAGACAGAUUAGUCCAGUUAGAAGAGUUAUCUAAUCAACAGUCAUCUUCAGAACAGCAGCAACCCAGUCAGUCUACGAAUGAGGACUCUGCCUCUGCCGAGAUCGAAGCUCUAAAGGCCGCUCUGGUAGAGAAAGAGAAAGCCUGUGCUGACAAAGAGCUGAUGGCAAAGAAAGCUAUUGCUACUGCUAAGAAGUUGAAGUUCCAGCUGACCCAGGCUAACAGCAGUCUUGAUGAUGCUAAAAAGGCUCUUGAUGAUGCUAGAAAUCAGGUUAGGGAACUUGUUGUUGAAAACCAAACUCUUCAGACUAGACUAUCUGUUGUGAGCUCUGAAGUUCAGCAGUCUUCUGAUAUUGUUACAGAACUUUCACUUGAAGCUCAGAAGUCUGGUGCAGACCAAACUACAGGUUUAGACACUUCACGAUCUAGGAUUGAUGAGCAGCAGAUUAAAUCAGACAUGAUAGAUCUGGAAAGUGCACAAGUGGAAAGCAGAAGUGCAGAAUUAGAAUUGAGCCUCAAUGUGUCCAGUGUCCAGGGUUUUAGCGAUGUGUCUUUGGAGAUGGAAAGCCUGCAGGCCCAGCUGGCAACUUACAGAGAGUGCUGUGAACGGCUUCAACAGCAGGUACAAGACCUCACUGAGGCUGGUUUUGCAAACGAGUCAAAACUGAAGCAGAAACAGAAUCUCAUUGACCAGCUCGAAGGAGUUAAAGAAGGGCUGAAGCUAACUGUGACUGAAGUAGAGUCAGCUUAUCAGCAACUUCAGGAGGAGUUGGAGAAUGCCAAGGAAGAUUUUAUAGCUUCCAAAGAAGCUCUGGAAAAGAAGUGUGAGAUUUUAUCUGAGCAAGCUCAACAGUGGAAGUCUUUUACUGACAGUCUGCAGCAGGAGGUGACUGUGAAGGAUCACAGAAUUCAGCAGAUGGAAGCUGAGUUGCAUCAGUUACAUGCUGAACAUUCAGAAUCAACCCAUUUGAGGGAAAGUGUCAGAGAAAAGGAUAUUAGACUGGCAGAGUACAGUGCACAGCUAGAGUCUUUGAAAUCUGUUCUGGACAGAGAGUCUGAAGCAACAGAAGAAUUGAGAAAUAAACUGACCAAGGCAGACGAAACCAUUGAAAACAUGAGAAUUAAUUUAGAAGAGAAAGAGCAGGCUGUAGCUCAGUCUGCAUCUUUACUUGAUGAAAUGCAAACGCAGGUUCAAGAAAAACAGGUUGAAAUAGAAGCACUGAAAGAAUCACUGGAACAACAGCAAGUAGAUUUUAAGGUUACAGAAGAGAACCUGCAUUCGCAGCUGACGAUUCUGAGCGAACAGGUUGAAGUUUAUAAGAGCAAAGUUGAGGUCUUGUCAUCACUUUUAGAGAACAGUCAGCAGGACCAAGCUGCAGUGGCAGCUGAGUGUGAGUCUUUGAAACAACAGCUCCAUCAACAAGGAACAUACAUCGCUGAACUUAAUGGAGUUGUUGAUGACCUUAAAACACAAGUUGAAGAUUCCAGAGCUAGAAUGCAUAGUGAAAAUGCUGAGGAGUUGGAAUCUCUUAGGGCUACUUUAGCAGAGUUUCAGCACCAGGUGGAAGAACAAAGCCAGGUGAUAAGCACCUUUGAGCAGAGCCUGAGUAAUGAGGUUAGAGGUCAGAGUGUAACUGAAACAGUACAGACGGCUCAAACGAGUCCAACUGAAAGCUUGGAUGAUUUAAAUCUUCAGUUGAUGAACUACCAGACUUUGAUUAAAGAGUUGAAUCGAGAAAUAUUGGGGUUGAAAGAAGUCCAGAGCCAAGUUUCCGAAGAACCUCUGAACAAAGAUGCAGAAUACUGGAAAGCAAGUCUGGAUCAGCUAGUUCUAGAAAAGACAACAGUGGAAGAAGAGAGAAAUCAACUACGAUUUGAAUUGGAUGGCCAGUUGGAGAUUGCAGAGAGAAUGCAAGAAGUUGUCUCAGAAAAACUAGCACAGGUUCAGAACUUACAGAAUGCAUAUGAGCAUCUUCAGUCCAGCUUAUCUGCUUUAUCUUCUGAGAAGGAGCAGCUGCUAGUGAGUAUAGACUCUUUAAAAGGAGAACUUGAUGGUAUGGAUCAGGUGAUUGCAGAAAGUCAGUUUGCUGAAUCUAAAGCUAAAGAUGAAGCAUCCAAAUUGAGAUCUGAGAGAGACCAGUUGGUCCUCAGAAUUGGCAAACUGGAACAGGAACUUUUGGUUGUGCAGCAGCAGUUGCAUAAAACAGAUUCUUCUUCUAUGUCUGAAUUGGCAGUUGUAACAUCAGAAAAAUCUGUAAAAUGGAGUGAUCAAAUUGCCGUGGAAAAGGCAGCCAUUGCUGUUGAGCACCUUCAGCAGGCUGGUGAUACCCCUACUCAGGGGACAGUAGCAGAGCAGGAGACCUUGGAACUAUCUCUGAAACUCAGAACUGCUGAAGACAACCUGAGACAAGUACAGGGCCAGUAUGAGAAGACUAAAAGCCGCUUGCAGGUGGCAGAAGUCAAAUGUGAGAAAAUGCUGGUCAAGCUUAAGGCGUUCAAGGACAAGAAUGACAAACUGCAAAUUCAGGUCGAUGAACUGCAACAGAAACUAGGCCUGCAAGAAGGCUCACCCAAAAGAGACGGUAACCUUAGAGAGGAUAGACGUAGAUUGGAAGAGCAAGUGAAUGCGCUGAACAACAGACUCCGAGAUGUUGAAACUCACAAUGGAAAACUGAUCCAUGACAAUUCAGUUCUGAAAGAACAGUUAAAGAGUGUUGAAGCCACCUACAGUAAGGCUAGAUUUGAUGAAGUAACCACAGCACUGUCUAGAGCACAGGAAGAGCUUGAAGAGAGAAAUGUAGCUUUAGAGUUAGCAAAGAACCAGGCUGAAGAUUUGCAGCGGUCUGUGGACCACCUGAGAGCAGAGCUCCAGCUGAAGAUUGAUGAGGUAAAUAAUCUGAAGUCAGAAGUUUCACUUCAAGCAGAUGUGGCUGUUACAAUCUUGAAUGAAAAGCUGGUUGGUUUACAAAUGCUUCUCACUGAGAAAAUUGCAGAGAUCACUGAGCUUAACAGACGGCUAAAAGAAGAAGAAGAAUUACAGCUGGCUUUGAAUGUUCAGGUUGCUGACCUGCAGCUUGAACUGGAACUGAGUAAGAAGGAUGCAGAAGUUGCCUUAAUAUCAGAGCUGUCUAAACUUCGGGAGGAGAUGAAUAAUGAGAUUUUAGAGUUCAAAAGUGAACUUAUUUUAAAGAAUAAUGAGUCCAUUGUGCUUGCUCAGGAGAGAGAUUCAGAAGUCAAACUAAAUGAGUCCUUAAAUGAAGAACUAAAACAUUUGGAGGAAGAUAUUACUAGAUUAAAUGAGGAGCUAAGCGGUGAGAAAGUCAGAGCAAAUAAGGCUGAGAAAGAAGUGUUACAUUUGCAACAGAGAUUGUCAGAAGAACUAAAGUUAAAGGAUGUUUCUGAAAAAGAAAAGGAAGAAAUGCAGAUGACUGAGCUUAAUUCACUGAGGAGUCAGUUAGAGACCUUGCAGUUUCAGUAUGACUCAUUGUCCCAGGACAAUGCAAACUACCAAAGUCUGACAUCAACUCUAACAACGAACAACUCGUCCUUGAAGCGAGAAGCUGAAGAACUGAGAUUCCGACUGAAGAAAGCUGAAGAAGGUCAUCAGAAUAAGCCAGCAGAUGUUGGUAAUGGCAAAGAUGUCUUUGUGCUUACCCAGCGCCUGGAAGAUGCUGAGAGAGAGCGAGAUGAUCUCAGUGAAGAAUUUGAAGGCGUCAGAGAGGAACUGAUUUCUCUGAGAAGAGAAAAGACAACUUUAACCCAGCAGAUUGCAGAUCUCACCAGCACAGUCCAGCAACUGCACAUUCAAGUGUCCAGUCUUCAGGCUCAAAGUACUGUUGAAGAGGAGGGUGAUGUAACUGCUGUUAAACUUGAAGAAACAAUGUCACCAGGAAAAGAUGCCUUUUCACGAGAACAGAUUAAUGUGCUAGAAGGUGAACUGACGGAUCUCAGAGAUGAGUUAGCCACUUCUUUGGAUGAAAAUCAACAACUCAGAAAUGAAAUUAAUGGCCUUAACUGGAAGUUGGAAGAAGCAUCUAACUUAGAACAAGAGGUUGAAGAUCUCCAGUCUGAAUUAUCAUCAUCUGCAAUGGAAAAGAAGAUACUCAGUCAUGACCUAGAAGAAGUCAGGGUUGAAAUGUCAGCUCUGCAGACGGAUAAACAUCUUCUGAUGAAAGAAGUGGAGAGGCUGAGUGAGUUGCUGGAGAAUCAAGACUUCCAGGAGAGAGAUGUUGUAGAUUCUGAAGCUGUCGCAGUCCGUCAGUCAAUCAGUGAUGAAAUGCUGCAAGUGAUCACAGCCAAAGAUUCAGAGAUAAAUGAGAUUCAAGGAAUUCUUGACUUAAGAACCAAUCAGUUGACAGCGUCUUUGAAAGACAUUACAGCCAAGGACAAAUUACUCAUUGAAAGAGAUCAAGAAAUCUUAGCACUGAAGGAUGAGCUGAGUCAGCUUGAUCAAGUCUUGAAGGACAAUGAGGACAUGGAGCAGAGAAAUGCAGCCUUGGUAGAAGAACUGAGAGCUGCACAAGGAGAGAAUGAAGCUCUGAGAAAGAAGUUUGAUAAUUUCAAUCAGAAAAUUGAUUCAGUAAAAUCACUAGAGGCCGAUUUUGACUCGCUGAAUGCAGAUUUUAACAAAGUUUUGGAGGAGAAGAGUGGCAUGGCUAGAGAGAUAGAUGAACUACACAUCAAGAUUCGAGACUUGAUGUCACUCCAGUAUGAGACAACUUUCACGGUGGAGCAACAGCAUCAUGUGCUGCGAGAGAAGGAAACCCUACAGAGACGUGUUGAGGAACUUGAAGGAACAGAGGGAAGUGAAAUGGAAGAAAAUGCAAGGCUGAAACGAGAGCUAGAUAAGAUCUUGGCUUCGCUGCAGCAAGCUGAGUUUGACAACAAGUCAUUGAUCUCACAGCUACAGCUGGCCAGGACUGAAGGCAUGUCCGAAUCGGAGAUCCACGAUGACCACAAGAGGCUGCAGGCUCAGUUCACGGAAGUCAUGGAGCAGAAAAAUGCUGUGGUUAGUCAGCUCAACGAUGCCUUACACACACUGAAGCAGAGGGAAGCCAGGUGUCAGCAGCUGGCUAUGCAGGUCAGUCAGUUAGCCGAGGACAGGGGAUACUUAAACACACAGCUGGCAAAUAUUUCCAAGUCUCUGAGAGAGAAAGAACAAGAGUGGCUGGCCAUGAGUCACCAGUAUGGGGAUCUUUACCAAGCUUAUAUUGGAGCACAGUCUAAGAAUGCAGAGUUAGAGAGGAGGAUAGCUCUGGAGUCAGUUCAGAAGGAACUUGAGGAUGAGGAGACGGCUGCUGAAGCAGAUCAGAUCAGGGGAGAGAAUGAUCAGACAGCCAAAAAGCUGGAGGACCUGAAGGCGAUGUACCAGACCUUGCAGGACACCUACAUGUCAGUGAAUGCCACACUGGCCAGGGAGAAGUCUCUGAGAGAACAGCUGGAGAGGGAGCUUGGGGAGGCUCAUGAACAGAUCAAACUUUUGGCUGCUGUGGCUAAUCAAGAGGUUCACAUUGAAUUAGAGGAUGAUAAUGAUCUUAGAAUACGUGAGACCUCAACUAUGCUGACUCGACAUGGCUUCGGCUACUGUAGUAGAAUACAGAGUUGGCUGAAAGUGAAGAACCGACAGCUGAGCAGAGUGAUGCGGUUGCGGCCGGGCCUGCGUACAGUCAUCUGGAUCUACUUUGUCUUCCUGCACAUCAUGCUGAUUGCCUGCUUUGGUGGAUUCUUGUGA